AGCCAGUAAGCGCCCCCCCCUCCCCACCUUUCCUUUCCUCUCUUCUCCUCCACACUUGGUGGAAACAUCUAAGCACUUCCUUGUGAAGGGACUAAACACUAUUAGGAGGUAGCAAAUCAUUUACUAAUAACUUGGUUAGAGUUAGGUCUGAGCAAUGGGGGAGGAGCAGGUGGCGCCGGAGGCCGCGGCGGCGGCGGUGGAGCUGACGGGGUUCGUGAUGAGCGCGGAGGAGGCCGAGCGCGCCGCCGCAGCGGCCGGCGUGGCCACCGUGCAGGACCUGCUGCCGCUACUGGUGCCGUCGGCGAUGAAGCGCGCGCACGUCCCGGUCUCACGGUUCCCCGUGGGCGCCGUGGGGCUGGGCGCGAGCGGCCGCAUCUACGUCGGCGUCAACCUCGAGUACCGCGGUCUCCCGCUGUCCCAUGCCGUUCACGCCGAGCAGUUCCUCGUCGCCAACGCGGCCGCCGCGGGGGAGUCCGCGCUGCUCGCCGUCGCCGUCUCCCACAUGCCAUGUGGCCACUGCCGCCAGUUCCUCCAGGAGAUCCGCGGUGCCGCCAACAUCAAAAUCCUCGUGACCACCGACGCCGAGGAAGGCUGUGCGCCCGAGUGGCGCACGGUGGCGUCCCUCCUCCUCCGUCCCUUCGGCCCCCACGAUCUCCUCCCCGACAAUGUCCCGCUCGUCCUCGAGUCGCAUGACAAUCCCCUAGGCGACCCCGUCGCUGCGGUAGCCAAUGGCUUGUCCGGCGGCGACCUAGAGGCGCGCCUGAGGGAGGCCGCGGAGGCGGCCGCGCGGGCGGCGCACGCGCCGUACAGCGAGUGCCCCUCGGGGUUCGCGGUGGCGGACGGCGACGGGCGGAUCUACUCCGGGGGGUGCCUGGAGUCCGCGGCCUACAACCCGACACUGGGCCCCGUCCAGGCGGCCAUCGUUGCGAUGGUAGCAGCCGGAGGCGGCCACGCCGGGGACGUGGCGGCGGCGGCGCUCGUGGAGAAGGAAGAGGCGGCGGUGGCGCAGGAGGCGACGGCCAGGAUCUUCCUGGACGCCGUGGCCCCACAUGCCAGCUUCCACGUGUACAACUUCAAGCCGUCCGACGCGUGAUGUGAUCGAGAUAAUGUUCAUAAAAAAAAGAGUUAAGAAUAAGACGAGAAAAACAAAUGCUGUGCAGUUGGGUGAGUUGUUCAUUCCACAUGGCGCUGGACAAUUGGCCAGCAGGACUGGAAGGUCGGGCCCACUUCGUCAGAGUGAUUGGUGUUCUUCUGUUCUUAUGUGUCGUGAGAUAAAAAAAAAUUCACUAAAUAAUGGCAUAGUGAAAUAAUCCUAUUAAAUAACAAAUAUAUUUGUCUUGCAAGAUA